CACUUUGACAUCAGAGCUGACGAGUCAACACCUUGUGUUUGUAUAUAUAUCAGGUAAGCCAGUGAUAGCCACCGCUCAAUCUACCAGACGCAUUAAACUGUGAAGGAGAGACAAUUGUGCAGUCAUCUCAUCAUGAGGAACGUCUUGGUUUUUGCUGUGCUCAUUGCACUUCUCGCCGUCGGUGCGGAGAGCUUCCGCAUGCCUAGGCAGGCCGAGGAGGAGGAGGGCACUGUGGCAACAGUGCUGGUCACCCUAAAGUCCUACUAUGACAAGGGCAUCACCAGCGCCUCUGGAUACCUGGACAGCAUCAAGGGGAUGAAGCUGGAGGAGAAAGCCAAGAACUUGUUUGGGGAGACCACCGCUGCCGUGAAGACCUAUGCCGGUAUCAUGCAGGACCAGCUGUACCACAUGUUCGGGUCCCAGUAAAUAUCCCAGACCUUCAGACCCUCAACACCCAUGGCCCACUCCUGUUUCAUGAGACCGGACCUCUGAUGCUGCUAGCUGGCUUGUUAGCUUGGCUUGGCUCUUGACGUCCAGAACCAUACUUGAGGCCUUUCUUUCGGCACACCCAUUUUCGACAAACUCAGCAAACUCUCACUGCGACGGCAAACUUUCAACAAACUAUUGAUAAGAUUUCAACUUCAACGUAAUCGACUUCAAACUCACAACAAAACAUUACUCCACACAGGACUCACUGACACUGACUUGAAGUAAAUCCACAGCGCCACCCUGUGGUGAGCCGGUCUAUAGAGACGAUUGGCCACUUCUUCAUGUGAACUGUCCACUCACAACUUGCAAUAAAAAAAACAUGUGUUUGUUAUUAAAAAAAAAGCCCAUCUUG